GCGUUGACUCAUGUGUCUUCCCAAACCUUCAAAACCCCGUUCGCGCAGAUCCAAACACUUCAUUCCGUCUGCUCCUACUCCUUUCUCUUCGAGGGAUUCCUAAUUUCCCUCUUUUACCCUCUUCUCAUCAUCGUCGCUACGUUUCUCAUCUGUACCUGCAAAGAUGUCGAGCGCUUUAGAUUUUUCUCUCGAUGAUAUCAUCAAGAACAGCAAAAAGUCGGGAUACGGUAACGCCAGUGCCCGCGGCAGAGGUUCCGGUCCCGGUCCAGCUCGACGCUUUCCCAAUCUCGGCGCCAAUCGAGCGGCUCCGUAUACGACCGCCAAGUUUGGUUAUCAGGCACCGGAAAUGCCGUGGCAACACGAUAUGUACACAGUUCCAGGGAUGGGAUACGGAGUACAAGCUGGUGGGGCAUCUUCUAUUGAGACCGGAACGAAGCUCUACAUCUCUAAUCUAGAUUACGGCGUCUCGAACGAGGAUAUCAAGGAAUUGUUUUCUGAAGUUGGUGACCUGAAACGUUAUGCAAUCCACUAUGACAGGAGCGGGAGAUCGAAGGGGACAGGAGAAGUUGUGUUCUCCCGUCGAGCAGAUGCUGUGGCUGCUGUCAAGAGAUACAAUAAUGUUCAGCUUGAUGGGAAACCAAUGAAAACAGAGAUUGUCGGAACAAACAUAUCAACCCCUGCACCUCCUGCUGGUAACCGAACUUUUGGAAACUCAAAUGGAGUUCCCAGAGGGGGGCAAGGUAGGGGUGGUGCAAUGAGUAGACUUCGUGGUGGUGCUGCCGGUGGUCGCAGAUCUGGAAGGGGCCAGGGACGAGGACGAGGACGAGGCCGAGGCCGUAGUGAUAAAGUUUCUGCAGAAGAUCUAGAUGCUGAUUUGGAGAAGUAUCAUUCAGAAGCAAUGGAGACGAGCUGAAGUAAUUACCAUCUCUUGUUAUUCUCUCGGUUGGCUUUCCAUUAUUCUUCUGUGGCCUUGAUGUGAUCGUGCAAGAAGGCAGACUCUUUUCUGUAUUUCUACCAAGUCGUAUUAGUUAGGAUAAUUUUAAUUUGCUACUCGUAGAAAGAGCUGUUAGGAUCUUGUUUUAUGGAGUUUGGGCUUUUAUAAUGCUUGUUCAUUUGCUUUGGGUAUCAAUUAUGAGGUUUUAGACAACUGUCAGCAUGUAAGCUGCACUCGUGAUUUACUUUUUGUGAGCUUCUUAAGUAGUAGUGACAUAUUUGCAAGUCGGCUAGAGCAUUGGAACUCUCCUGUCUUUAUUCAUGUACAAAGAAGCUGUUAAGAGACGAACCAUGCAAGGAAUGAGCGUUGGAAAAUCGCCAGAGCUCCAAUAUCGUUGGGUUGAAUCUGCUUUGUGAAUUGAGUGAUGUCUUCACUUGAGGGAACAUUAGUAGUCCUGCUAGUUAUAUGUGGCUCUCGACUGGACUGACAUAGCAUAUCAUGGUAAUUUAUCUUGGUCAUGCUACCAUUCAACCUGUUGACAGUAGGUGUUUCAAUAGAUGGAAUGUGGUUUCAAGUAACUUCAGAUGUACGUGAGAGACGAGUCUUGUUCUCAAAUACAUCAUUUCCUGUUUCAUUUUAAAUGGUGAUACUCAUCAUGCAUACAUGAUGCUACUUUUGUGGGGGUUUAGGCAUGGAGGAUGUGCGCGCCUAGUGCCAGAUGUUGGUCAGGAAAGUGGCUGGCACACGACGAGGUGACUGGAGCCUGAUGUUGUCUAGUAAUGUCGAUGCCAUUAAUGUAAGAGUUGUGAAAUUUUUUUUCUAUGAUAUUGCUUAAGCAUUCUUGGCACCGCAUUAUGUUGCGUGUUUUCCUGUUGGGUCGGCAUGCAUUGUUAGACCUUUUUUAUGUUUACUACUCUUAGAGCUCUCUGUUGUAA